GAGAUCAAGAACACGGCAAGAAGAAACAGGAGAUGAACAUGUGGGUGUUUUGAUCGUGGACUUUUAGACUGGAAUAGCGAAGAACAAUCUGUCAGUUUCAUUCCCCGACCAAAUAAAACGCCAUGUCUUGUCAGAAUCAUGAGCGUAAAAGGAUUUAUCAAGUCUGGCCCGGCAAAAAUAAAUUUUUAUGCGGCGGAAGACUAGUGUUUGGUCCAGACGCAUCUUCGCUUCUUCUAACCACAUGUAUGAUAGGAGGCCCAUCUAUAACUUUCUGCAUCAGAAUAGCUUUCUUGAUCGGAGAUCGCCGCCCGUUGUUCCAUUCUCUGAUUAUGAUUGGUGCAGCUCUUCUCACAAUCAUGGACUUCACGAUUCUCUUCUUGACAUCAACGAGAGACCCUGGUAUCAUCCCAAGGAACAAAGAAGCUCCUACACAGGCUACACUUGAAUGGGCGAGUAACAAAGCAAAACUACCUCGAACGAAAGAUGUAAUGGUGAAUGGCUUCACCGUCAAGGUUAAGUUCUGUGAUACAUGUAAGCUAUACCGUCCUCCUCGCGCCUCUCACUGCUCAACCUGCAACAACUGUGUCCAAAGGUUUGAUCAUCAUUGUCCGUGGGUAGGUCAGUGCAUCGCCUUGCGUAACUAUCCGUUCUUCGUAUGUUUCAUAUCAUGUUCCACACUCCUCUGCAUCUACAUAUUUGCCUUCUCAUUGGUCAGCAUGCUUGAAGUCCAUGGCCAAUUCUAUCUCCUCAUCGCUGAUGACUUAAUACUAGGUGUUCUCGCUCUUUACUGCUUUGUUUCCGUAUGGUUUGUUGGUGGACUUACUGUCUUCCACUUCUACUUAAUCUGUACCAACCAGACGACAAGUGAGAGUUUUCGGUACCAUUAUGAUAAGAAGGAGAACCCUUACCGAAAAGGUGUAUUAAAGAACUUUAAGGAGCUGUUAUUGGGUAAAAUCCCACCACCUUUGGUAAAUUUUAGAGAUUGGGUGCAAGAAGAAGAUGUGGAGGUGGGUUCUAUUGCCUCAGAGGUGGUCAGAGCCUUUGGUCUCCGAGACAUGGAAAUGAGCAGUAGCAAACCAGGUCAUGGUAGCUGCAAUUAUGGGCCUUCAGAAGCUGGAGUAUGGAACUAACAUUGAGACAACUGUCAAGAAGAUAAGUGUAGAUGAAGGCGCUGCAUGGAUUGGCACGGUUUAACAGAGACCAGGGAAUUUAAGGAGAAACUCGAGGGCGGAUGUGAGAUCAAGAUAGGGCAAAACAAUACCAAACAGUUGUAAUUCAAAGCCAUGUACCUCUGUCUUUACUCAUCAAAAUGUCAAAACCUUUUCGCAUUUAGAACAAGAGCUAGGAGAAUUAGUGUAUAAUAUAUAGUGCUGUCUUGUGUGGUAAUUCAAUUUGGUGUAUUUUAUUGUAUAGGGUUUAUAUACUGCGUGGUGUUUCUUGGAUCUUACAGUGUUUUACAAUAAAAAAGAGAAAAGACUGAAUACAACGCAGAAAUAUUUUAUCACAGUAAAAAUAUAACUAGCAGGGGUUGUUAGUAAACUUUUCGAAGGAUUUAGGUAGAAUUUAAAAUUUAUUAUGAAUUUUGUUAAACCACUUACUAAUCUCAUCCAAAACUAUAAAAUUUUAAUAUUCAUUUUUAACUAACAAACUUCACCAAAAUACUCUAAAGUGAUUAAAAUAACUUAAAAUAUUUUCAAAAAAAUGUAAAUACUUGUUGACAUUUUAUGUAGUAAUUCUACGUUAGACAAAAGACUCAACAUACUUUUACCAAUUGAACAAAUCCUGUAUAUAUAACAUCCACUAGUCACUAUCAUCAUCUUAUUUUAUUUUUAUAAUCUUUAAUCAAGUUGACUUCCUUUCUGUUUGACUAUGAAUGUUAAAAAGGUUUUGGAUGUAGACUCCUCCUAUAUAAUAGAACAGACUAACAAAUAAACCUUUUAAUCUUGCAGAAGCUAAGCAUUAUUUAAGGAGACUAAUAAAAUAAGAGAGAGAAAGAAAUCUAUGUGUGAAGC